AGUCCUAUUUGGGACCCCUGUGGAGCUCUCCAAGAUGGCGUCCGAAGUCGCAACGUUGAAAGAACAAGAUCAUUUCUUGCGCGAAGGCAUUCGGCAGAACCUUUCGUCGUGGCUGCAAAAACUAUCAUGUGAUGGGGAUGUCGAGAGAAAGCUUGAAUACAAGAAGAAACUGGUGAAAAAGCUCCGUGUAUCACCGAUCGCUGUUGCGACCGAGCAAGCGAAUGAACAACAUUACGAAGUCCCCACCGAGUUCUUUUUGACGGUGCUUGGUAAAAGACUGAAGUACAGCUCUUGCAUUUGGCCAGAGGGAGUGUCAACUUUAGAACAAGCUGAAGAUGCAGUGCUGGACCAGGUUUGCAAGAGGGCACAAGUAGAAGAUGGUCAAGAUGUUAUGGAUCUGGGGUGUGGUUGGGGAUCUCUUGCUCUGUGGGUUUGUGAGAAAUAUCCCAACUGUAAGGUGACCUGUGUGUCGAACUCACAGACUCAGAGGGCAUUUAUUGAGAAACAAGCACAGCUAAGGGGCUUCACAAACAGACUACAGUGCAUUACAGCUGAUGCUAAUGUGUUUUCAACCUCACUGAGAUUUGACAGGAUCAUAUCAAAUGAAAUGUUUGAGCACAUGAAGAACUACGAGAUUUUGAUGUCCCGUGUUUCCAGCUGGUUAAAGCCACACGGUCUACUGUUCAUCCAAAUUCUCUGCCACCGGGAGUUUGCCUACGAAUUCAAAACCAAGAAAGGCUCAGACACAGAAUGGAUGGCAAAGAACUUCUUUACUGGAGGUACCAUGCCAUCAAGUGACUUGUUCUUCUACUUUCAGAAAGACCUGUUUGUCAAAGACCACUGGCAUGUGAAUGGAAAACAUUACUCUAAGACCUUAGAAGCUUGGCUCGAGAGAAUGUAUGAAAAUCUGGAUAAAGUAAAAGAGGUCUUUAGUGCUUCGUAUGGGAGUAAUAAUGUGACUCAGCAAGUGUUUAAUUGGAGGAUGUUUUUCAUUUAUUGCUCGGAGACUUUCGGUUUUAAUCAUGGAAAUGACUGGAUGGUAUCGCAUUAUUUGUUUAAGAAGAGAGUUGCUAGUUCUCUGUGAACUAUUUUUUAGUAAAAGUUACAACAUAUAUUCUUACAUUAUUUACAGGAAGUACGAACUUUUUUGAACUAUGAAAGGUAAUAUACUGUACAAGACUUAGGUCUUAAUCCUCUACAUUAAUAAAAAAAGAUCAGACAAACA